AUGCCCAGACUGCCUCUGCUGCUGCUGCUACUCUGGGGUGCAGGGUCCCACGGCUUCCCAGCAGCGACUUCAGAACAAGAUGUGGAGACGGUGCAGAAAUACCUGGAAAACUACUACAACCUGAACAGUGAUGGGAAGAAAGUUGAAAGGCAGAGAAACGGUGGCCUCAUAACUGAAAAGCUGAAGCAAAUGCAAAAAUUCUUCGGGCUGAGAGUGACUGGGAAACCAGAUGCUGAAACUCUGAAUGUGAUGAAGCAGCCCAGAUGUGGGGUGCCCGACGUGACUCAGUUUGUUCUUACUCCAGGAAAUCCUCGUUGGGAGAACACAAACUUGACCUACAGGAUUGAGAAUUACACCCCAGACCUGUCAAGAGCAGAUGUGGACCAAGCCAUUGAGAAAGCCUUUCAACUCUGGAGCAAUGUCACACCCUUGACCUUCACCAAGGUCUCUGAGGGUCAAGCGGACAUAAUGAUAUCCUUUGUCAGGGGAGAUCAUCGUGACAAUUCUCCCUUUGACGGACCUGGUGGAAACCUUGCUCAUGCUUUUCAACCAGGUGCAAAUAUCGGAGGAGACACUCAUUUUGAUGAGGAUGAAAGGUGGACCAACGAUUUCCAAAAUUAUAACUUGUAUCGGGUGGCAGCUCAUGAAUUUGGACAUUCCCUUGGACUUUCUCAUUCUACUGACAUUGGGGCUCUGAUGUACCCCAGUUACAUCUUCAGUGGUGAUGUUCAGCUUUCUCAGGAUGACAUUGAUGGAAUCCAGGCCAUCUAUGGACCUUCCCAAAAUCCUACUCAGCCAGUCGGCCCACAAACCCCAGAAGUGUGUGAUAGCAAGCUAACUUUUGAUGCUAUAACUACAAUUCGGGGAGAAGUGAUGUUCUUCAAAGACCGGUUCUACAUGCGUACAAAUCCCUUCUACGCAGAAGCUGAGCUCAAUUUCAUUUCUGUUUUCUGGCCGCGUCUCCCAAAUGGACUUCAUGCUGCUUAUGAGGUUGCCACCAGGGAUGAGGUCCGGUUUUUCAAAGGUAACAAGUACUGGGCUGUUAGGGGGCAGGAUGUGCUGCGCGGAUACCCUAGGGACAUCUACAGAUCCUUUGGCUUUCCAAGAACGGUGAAGAGAAUCGAUGCUGCUGUUUCUGAGGAAGAUACUGGGAAAACAUACUUCUUUGUUGCCAACAAAUGCUGGAGGUAUGAUGAAUAUAAACAGUCCAUGGAUGCAGGCUAUCCCAAAAUGAUAGAAGAAGACUUUCCUGGGAUUGGCAACAAAGUUGAUGCUGUUUUCCAGAAAGGCGGAUUUUUCUACUUCUUCCAUGGAAAAAGGCAAUACAAAUUUGAUCCCAAAACUAAGAGAAUUUUGACUCUUCUAAAAGCUAAUAGCUGGUUCAACUGCAGAAAAAAUUGA